AUUAAAGAAAAAACUUAGAAAAGGAUAAAUUUUAAACCCAAGAAAAAAAAAAAAAAGUGCAAGACAAAACCGAUCCCUUAGAAUAGAACAUAAUAAACCCUUAGCAUAAACCUUAGCCCCCACCAAAAAACAAACACAUUUUUGCAGCAACCAUGGCAGAUCAACAACACUCCCAACUCUCAUCUCUUCGUGCUCUUGAACUUCGUCUCUUACAUUCCUCUCUUCCACUCUCCUCUUUCCCCAAUCAACCCACCCCCACUUCUUCUUUUUCUCACAUCCACACCCUUAUUACACAAGUUCUUGAAUUCAUUGAGUUGGGUCAAUACACACAAGCACUCUCUUCUAAUGGAGCCAAAGCUAUUUUCUCAUCAUCUCAACCUCCUCAGCUUAAUGAUUCUUCCGAGUCUGCUGAGUUUUUUUACUCAGAAUUUGUGCCCCAAUGUGUCACUUUGUUUUUAAAUACAGAUGGGGUUGAAGAUUCCGGUCCUAAUAGCUUAGGGAAGAUUUAUAAAGCAGUUCUUGUUAUGGCUGUUGCUGUUGCAGCGAUUCUUGGUUUUACUCAGUGUAAUAUUACUGGGCCAAUGGUGAAGUUGCCGCCAAUUCCUUUAGGUGCAAUAGUUUUUGGUGAAGGAGAGAUGAAGACUAGUUCUGGUGGAUGGUCAGAAUGGGAAGUGUGGGCGCAGAAGGAGUUAAUAUCUGUUGGUUCUGACUUGCGUGCCAAAUUUUCGAAUUUGCAGUAUAUUACCUUUGCCAAGAUACUGCUUAUGAGGACGAAAGAUCUUUUGUCAGAAGGAAACGACUCGGGGGCGGAUGGAGCCAGAAGCAUCUCGUGGUGGUUAGCUAGGCUGUUAAUCAUCCAACAGAAGUUGUUAGAUGAUCGCUCAUCUUCUUUGUUUGAUCUAUUGCAAGUCUUCACGCGUGAAAGUUUGCAACAUAUUGGUUCUCUGGAGAAAGUAAGAUAUUAUUGGGCUUCUCUGAUUCCAGAAGAGGAUGCUUCUGCUGUUGUAUCUAUGCUUCAUUUGGAGGCAGGAAUAAUGGAACUUACUUAUAGCCGAGUUGAUGCUUCCAGGGUCCAUUUUGAAUCAGCUGCAGCAAUAUCCAGACUUAAUUUUUCGCUAAGUGGAGCUUUGGGCUUUCGUACGUUUCACCAGGCGGAACCAAAAGCACAACUUCUUCUUGUAGGUAACACAGAUGGUGAUGAUGGUAGUGCUUCACUUGGUAAUGAGUUCCAAAAUAAGGUUUCUACCUGUGGUGAAAAUGCUUGUCCUCAACGUCCCAGUGAAACUCAUGAAGCAUCUACUGAUGAGGCAUCUGACAUAUUAAUGACCCCCAGAUUCUUGGAAGUUGAUAAAAAUUCAGAAAAUAGUGCACAAGGUGCUCAAAAUCAGAGUAUAGCCUCUAUGCAAUUAAAGCCUACUCAGCAAGCAGUAAUUUUAGCACAAUGUCUCUCUAUUGAGAAGAGAGCUCGGAGUGAUGAAUUGCAAAGGUGGGAGAUGGCCCCUUAUAUUGAGGCAAUUGAUUCCCAGCAAUCAUCACCUUUUACGCUACAGCAUUUGUGUGAUAUAUUACGCAUUCGGUGGGAAUCAAGUCGUGGCCGUACAAAGCAGCGUGCAUUGCUGAUGAUGGAUAAACUGGUUCAGGGCAUAUACAAUCCUUCUCCUGGAGCUACACAAAGGAUGAAUUGUUGUUUUGGAGUUAAUAUCCCCACGAUUCCUGCAUUGCGCAAGGAGUAUGGAGAUCUUCUAGUGAGCUGUGGUUUGAUAGGGGAAGCUGUUAAAGUGUACGAGGAUCUUGAGCUUUGGGAUAACUUAAUAUACUGUUAUAGGCUAAUGGAGAAGAAAGCGGCAGCAGUUGAACUUAUCAAAGCUCGGUUAUCCGAAAGACCAUUUGACCCUAGAUUAUGGUGUUCCCUUGGAGAUGUUACGAACGAUGACAAAUGCUAUGAAAAAGCCCAGGAAGUGUCAGGGAAUAAGUCUGCUCGAGCACAGCGUUCCCUUGCCCGUAGUGCAUACAACAGGGGGGAGUACGAGAAGUCAAAAGAUCUAUGGGUAUCUGCAAUGGCAAUGAAUUCUUUGUAUCCAGAUGGAUGGUUUGCACUUGGUGCUGCUGCUUUAAAGGCUCGAGAUGUUGAUAAGGCACUGGAUGGCUUCACACGUGCCGUUCAGCUUGAUCCUGAAAAUGGAGAGGCUUGGAAUAAUAUCGCUUGCCUGCAUAUGGUUAAGAAGAAAAACAAGGAAGCUUUUAUUGCGUUUAAGGAAGCCUUGAAGCUGAAGCGAGACAGCUGGCAGAUGUGGGAAAAUUUUAGCCGUGUUGCUGCAGAUAUUGGAAAUUUCAGGCAGCCGAGGGUCUUUCGGAAACAGCCGUUCUACCUUGGUAGGAGUAAGGCACUGGAAGCAGUACAGAAGGUGCUGGAUAUGACAAAGAAGAAGCGAAUUGAUGUCGAAUUACUGGAGAGGAUGUUGCAAGAGCUAGAAUUACGGACUUCAACUGGUCAUUCUGAAUACGAUGCUUUGAGGGAUAGCAGUGAUUCUGCUGAGGCUGGUUCCAACAUGAUUAAUGUUGAUCCAUUGACCAGCUCGGACAAAGACUUGGCAAGAGAACGGGAAACUGAAAACUUGAUUCAGAUAGUGGGGAAAAUCUUACGGCAGAUUGUUCAAACUGGCGGGAAUGCUGAGAUUUGGGGGCUCUAUGCGAGGUGGCAUAAACUCAAAGGAGAUCUUGCAAUGUCUUCAGAGGCCCUUCUUAAGCAAGUCAGAUCAUACCAGGGAGCUGACCUGUGGAAGGAUAAAGACCGGUUUACAAAGUUCGCACAUGCCUCGUUGGAACUCUGCGAGGUUUACCAGGAAAUAGCUCGACGUAAUUGUAGCCGUAAGGAGUUGUCUGCAGCUGAGAUGCACUUAAAAAACACAAUCAAGCAGGCUGAGGCUUUUUCCGACACCAAAGAGUAUCGAGAUAUCUUGGCAUGCCUUGAUGAGGUGAAGGCAGCACAAGCUACACCCUGAUCUUAUGCUUUCUGCCUAGUCAUUUCCUCAAAGGGCAAAAUAACUGUCUGCACUUAAAAGGGCAUGCAGUUGAUCUGCUUGGUGGAAAAUAAGGACUAAUAUGGUGGUGAAUUAUAACACUCAACAACUAGACUGUGAAGAAAUUCAAGGUCUAAAAGUUGAAGACAUAUGCAGACUUUGAUCCAUGAGGGGAAGAUCUGUAGACUAAUGUAUUAUAUGUCAAUGUCAUUAUGGACAAGUAGUUUGCAAGUUUAUUGUAAUUUAGGUUGGUCACUGUCAUAAUGAUUUAUAAAUCUUUCUUCAGAAUCUUUGAUGAAGUGUUCAAUGUAAGUUGCAAUUUUGGCCCCUUUUAGAGAAAAUAUUGAUUUGUUUUGGUGUUCCAUGAACUUUUUGUUGGUUACACCAAGUAAUGGACCAUAUGAUAAAAGUACAUUUCUUACAAUUCACAAGUGUAACAACUUUGUAUAACAGUACAUUUCUUAAUCCAAACUACUAUGAGAUUUUAUUAUAGA